AUAUAACCAUGGGUGAAGCUGUUAAGGAUUAUCAAAGAGAAGAAGUGAUUCAAGCUUGGUACUUGGAUGAUAACUACGAAGAUGGUCAGAAGCUUCCUCACCACAAGAAUCCUAAAGAGUUUGUAUCUUUGGACAAACUUGCAGAGCUUGGAGUACUUAGCUGGAGACUUGAUGCUGAUAACUAUGAAACCGAUGAGGAGUUGAAAUAUAUCCGCGAAUCUCGUGGUUACUCCUACAUGGACAUUUGUGAGGUAUGUCCGGAGAAGCUUCCAAACUAUGAAGCAAAAGUAAAAAUGUUUUUUGAAGAACAUUUACACAUUGAUGAAGAGAUCCGUUACUGCCUCGCAGGAAGUGGAUACUUUGAUGUGAGAGAUCUCAACGAUGUUUGGAUUAGAGUAUGGGUAAAGAGGGGAGGUAUGAUAGUCUUCCCUGCUGGAAUAUAUCAUCGCUUCACCGUGGACUCAAACAACUAUAUGAAGGCAAUGCGGCUUUUCGUGGGUGGACCAGUGUGGACUCCUUACAAUCGUCCACACGACCAUCUUCCAGCAAGGAAAGCGUAUAUGGAUACAUUCGUGAAGGUGGAUAUGGGGACCGUACCAUAGACGCUUCAGCGUAGAGGACUCUGAUGCAUGAGCUAAACAUAUGUUUAGAUGUUGUUGUCUAGCUUUAAUUAUGCUUUUAUUAUUGUUGUGUUGUAGUAUAAUGUUAA